AAAAGUGCUUGCACGCACUGGAUGUCGAAGCAAGAUGGCGGAUUGGAAGGCUAUGAGGAGAAGAGGCCAUCAUCGCCUCCACCGAGUUACGAGGAUACGCAGCUGCACCAGUUCCCACCUCAGCACGGGGAUGGGGUCCCCAAGCCGCAGCACCCUGGCGGUCAGUCUCCCGCCCCGAUCACCAACAUCACAGUGAACGCCCCUGCACCAGCAGCGCAGCCCAUCAUCGUGAACAACGUUGUCGGUGUCGGUGGCGCCGUCGUGUGCGCCAAGUGCGGAUCCAACAUCGUCAUCGUGAAGGAGGAGUCCACGUGCAUGACCCACUGCUGCUGCCUGCUGUGUUGCUUCACGAUUCCGUUUUGCUUCUUCCUGCCUUACUGCUGCAACUGGUGCAAGAAGCCGGUGCAGCGAUGCGGCGGCUGCAGGUCCAAGAUUGCUUGACGCGGCCCCAGCAGCGUCACCAUUACGAUGAGCCACGAAUUAAACUUACAUAAUCGUAUGCAAGGCUCUGACUUGGAUUUUUACACGGAGUUUUAUGUUACGGAAUGUCUUUUCUGUCGGCUGCUUAUCAUGCCUGCCCAGCGGCAGAGCUUUUUGUUCUUGUUUUAUGUUGCUUUUAAGUGCCAGCCUUUUGAAUACUGCGCCUGUGUUUGAAAUAUCAAUCUGUUUGUAUUUUUUAAACUGAAUAAAUUUUUUUGUCCAUUUCUGGAA